UCGAGAGAGCGAGAGCGAGAGAGAGAGAGAGAGAGAGAGAGAGAGAGACACACACACACACACACACACACACAGAGACACAGAGACAGAGACAGAGACAGAGACAGACAAGAGAGUGUUCAGCGCGAGGAUUAUAGGGUGUUCUUGUACAUUCAGGGCGAAAUGAAGAUGAAGCUGUCGGAGCUGUUGUGCAUCACAGUACUUGUGAGUUCCGGUUCUGGUUCUCCGUACGAGCGAAAAGCUCCUGCAGUAAAAGAAAAACGCGUACAAUAUGCCGCUUGGGAUGACGUCAACGUGCUCGCACACGGCCUGCUGCAGCUCGGACAGAGUCUGAAAGAGCAUGUGGACAAAACGAAGGGGCAGAUUAGGGACAUUUCUGUCAAACUCCGUGUAUUUAACGGCAGCGUGAAUGAGCUCGCGGCACUGACACGACGCUUGCACGUGGAAAGUGAGGUUCUUAAAGCGCGAGCGGAGAGUCUGGAUGAGCGCGAGAACCGGAUUCUCAACAUGUCCGACCUGCAGGAGAAAACCGGAGAGCUGCUUAGGGACAGACAAGGCGUGCACGACAGGAUCGGUAACCUGGAGGAAAGGGUGGACAACAUUGUGCAGAGAGACAGGCACGCGCUCACAAGCGGCAAUCACAGUGACGCACGCGCCAUUCAGUCGUUGCUGGAGGCACAGAAUCAGCGAAUUGAUGAACUUGUGGAAAGAAUUAAACAGCAGCAGGACAAACUGGACAAACAGAACAUUCGGAUUCGAGCACUGCAGAAUCAAAUCCAGAUGAGAAAGGAGAAACUGAACCCAAGCACCGUUCGGACUGAACAACAGGACACGCCAACCUCAACAGCAGCAAAUUGCCAUGAUAUGUUCCUGCGUGGAGAGACAGCAAGUGGAGUUUACACACUGCAGCCUCGCGACUCAUCACCGAUCCAUGUCUACUGUGAAAUGACUUCUGAUGCUGGCUGGACCAUUAUCCAGAGACGCCACGAUGGAUCUGUAGAUUUUGAUCAGCUGUGGAAUGAAUAUCAAAAUGGAUUUGGAAACCUUGAUGGUGAAUUUUGGCUCGGACUCGACAAAAUGUACCGUGUGAGCAAAGAUGAAGAUUUUAUCCUGAAGAUUCAAAUGACUGACUGGAGAGACGAGCAUCAAAGCGUGCAGUACCGUUUCCGUCUGAACGGGGAGGACACUAACUAUUCUCUCCAAAUUCUGGAAAGUUCUGAUGGGAAUCUGGAAAGUUCUUUAAGCACCGAGUCAUCUAGUCUGCCCUUUUCAACCCGCGACAGAGACAAUGACCGGAAACACGACUUCAACUGUGCCAAACACCUGUCUGGUGGCUGGUGGUUCAGUAACUGUGGCCGCUCCAACCUCAAUGGCAGGUAUUUCAUCACUCCUCCCAAACAGAGGCAUCAGAGGAAACAGGGAAUGUUCUGGAAGACCUGGCAUGGUCGAUAUUAUUCUCUGAAAGCCACAGUGAUGAUGAUUUUACCUGUUCACUAACACUUUUGAAAGAUCUUCUGUAAGAUCAUCUUAAAGAAUUUAUUGGUGAUCAGAAAAUCAGACCGGUCUCCUUUGUUAAAUUUGUAUGGAUUCAUUGAUUUUGAAACUGAGAGAAACUACAAUGCAGAAAGGCAGAUUGCAGUGGUGAGCCGACGCCCAGUUCUGCAUGUCAGAACGAUUCUGUUCUGAACUUUCAAAUACAAAUCAUGUCAGAAAGCUACAGAAAUUGCAGAGUUUUUUCGAAGGUUUAUUAAUGAGAUUUGUUUACCAAAAAAUCCUGAAAUGAUGGACCAAACAACAGAUUAUCCAUUUUAAACCACUUAAAGAAAUGGCAUUAUUUAGAGGCAUUUUCCAGUGAAAAACUCAAAUAACUCAUUUUAACUCUAGAAAUAUAUGUAAAAUACGAGUUCUUCACAGGAGUGUGUUGUUCAGCGAGUUUGAGCCUGUGCACAUUCCUGCAGACCAACUUUCAGUCACAUUGACUGGUGUUAAUAUUUUAACUGCUGUUUUCACUUUAAAUGUUGAAUUGUUUGUGUGUUCCUGUGUCUGUGUCAGUGCUGUAUUAUUUGUUAAUGUUAUACGUUGAAAUAUUUGUAUUAUUUACAAUAUAGUUGUGGUUUUAACAUUUUUUGUACAGUUUUAUUUUCUUUCAUAAUUUAUGUUCGCAAGAUAAGUCACAGUGUUACCAUUUUUUACAAGGAGCUCAUUUUUGGUCUUAAACAGACCAAUAAAGCUUAUUUUUUAAAACCA